AUGUCCUGUCCCAUCUGCCGGCUCCCGAUCGCCGAUUCAUCUCGUCGCCCCGUCGCGAGCACAGAAAAUCGUCAAUGCCCGUUCUGCUCGACAACAUUCUCCCGCGCAGACGGGGCAAAGCGGCAUGCGAAACGGUGUGCCCAGAGAGGAAAUCGUGCUCUUGAUCCUGGCAAGCGCGGCCGCAAACCGAUCUCAUGCGACCGUUGUUCUCGACUGAAGCUGCACUGCAAUGCCGGGGCCCAUGUUCCGUGCGCCAGUUGUGUCUCCCGUCAGCUUGAGUGCAAGUUUAGCCGAUAUUGUAUAGAUGCCGCCCAUCGCCAACCUGUGAGCGAAGAUAGCCAACAACGCUCAACGCGUGUGCCUUUAGCUUUCCUUCUCAAUGCGACCGACGAGCAGCAGGACUUCAUCACCGAGAGAGCUGUAGCCAUCGAACCGGAAGCUGCGCUUCUCGGAGUCUUGGCCGUUGACCCACCUUCCGGACCUGAAGGUCAAGCUUUUGAUCUUGACGAUCUACUUGCUGGCAUCGACUCGACAAUUACAUUUCCUCCUGACGACCAAUUAGACUUGGCCACCUUACAGCCUUAUGUUAUAGGCGAUCUACACGAGGCUGAUCUCCUAGGAUCUUUUGUUUGGUCCGCGUCGCAGCCCGACCCGCUCCGGGCUCGUAUCGACCUAUUAGAAACGGAACUACAACUUUUCGUACACCCUGACGAGCGCUUUCGAGACGCAUCAUAUGUCAGCGCUUUCCGGCGACUCUUCACAGUCACCAAUGUACGAAGAUUCUCGGCUACCUUCUGCCGCAAACGCCAUUAUCGAUUUGUGAUACUUCACUGGCCUACGCUCAUUGUCCAGAAUGUACCGCUCCCGCUCUUGCUCGUCAUUGCCCUCACAGGAGCAAGCUACACUUACGCUCACGACUGCGCGUCGGAAGACAUCCAAAAUGCACGGAGCUUUUACCGCAUAGCAGACGCUUACAUUUUCAGCUACUUAAAUACUGCACUCGAUCGUUGGCCCUUCAGCAUUGUAGUUCCAGAGGCUAUUCAGAUAUGCCAAGCUGCCCUGCUCAUGUAUGGUCUGGAUACCCUUCAAUUGAGCGACGAAGCUAUGCAGUGCAUUGCGACAACGCGAAGAUUACCUUUGCUGGUCACCGCUUUGAGACAAUUUCAUUUCCUGGGCUGUCGACAUCAAGACGGUGAGGAUUGGCAAGCAUUUCUGCGGCGCGAGCAGAUCAUUCGCCUCGUCGCAUGGAUGUUCUGUGUGGACUGUCUAGCUACGCUCUUGUACAACAAUAGCCCAUUGUGCUCGAUGUCUGAGAUGACCGGAGACCUUCCAUGUGAGACCUCGAUUUGGGACGCUGCGCCUCCUUCAGAUCUUGCGUCCAUUUCUCCGAUUCGUGAAACAUCGUCUGCAUGCCUUCGAGAUAUCAUCGCAAAUCUCAUCAACGAGAAGGCAGAGCCAAAAGUCGCCCUUGACAAGAUACCUCUCUUCCAUCUCCACCCUGUCACUGAUAAAUUACACGCUGCAGGUUUGCAACAAAUCAUCUUCAACAUGCACGUCUCUAUGGCAUUGCCAGACCAAUCAGGUAAAUUGCUGCGGGCAUUCGGAGUCUGGCGUGAUCUAUGGGCAAGAGCUUUUGACAGAAUCCCGCAUGAUCAACGAGCUUGGCUGGGCAUCUCGGUCGUCAUGCCCGCAUUCGAGAAGCUGACGAGGAAGAUGAUCGAAAGCAUUGGGUCGCCCGAAGCGGCUUCUUCGCGAUAUCUGCAGCGCAUUCCGUCGUACAGUGCGAGGAGUCUUCACGAGUUUAUCCUUCAUUUCGUCCUUAACGACCGGUGACAUGUCGGACCGUGCAAUGGUGAGAUUCAGUGCUCCAACUGUCGGGGCAUCGUGGUGUCGCACGAUACCAAACAGAGAGGUCCUUAGGGUCGGGGCAGCUCUUUGGCUAGGGUAUCACCGUCGAAGAGACGGCGUUGCGCAACAAAAUCAGAGGCAUAUUAUUUCGUCGUGUCCUGGUCAUGAUAGGUUCUGCUAAAUGGCUGUCGUGCGCAUGGAAGCGGCUGUCCGUUCUUGCAUGCAGUAAGACCAAAUAUGCCUUUUCUGCGUGCCGUGUCCGAGGACGAAAUGUUACUGUCACUAUCCGUGUAGAUGAUUAGACACCCGUCGG